AUGACAUCGUUGUCACCAGCACCCGUAUCAGUCACUCCGACGUCUCAGUGGCAUAGCGAAAAGUACAACCGAUCCGAAUCACGCUCUUCAGGACGAUAUGUUCCGUUAAAUCAUGCAGGAGUGGUACACGAUACAUUGGAUACUGUCGUGGAUGGUGUUAACGCCACCACAGAACUUAUUCGUCGAAAGAACAAUGAAAAUAUAUUGGAGCGAAAAUCUUUUCACACAGAAAUGGAGGUGACCGGAAAUAUUUCGGUGGAUCAGUCUGAUGAAUGGCUUUCAACGAGACUGAUGUCCAUUAGCACCGAGGACAUGCAAAAGGAACUUUCAAAAGUGAAGGAUGAUCAAAUGAACGCCAUUCGUGAAGAUAAGUUUUUAGAGCAGAAUGCGGUUACUGAUACGCUAGCAGCACUCGUCUACGAUAUUGAUGCAACUGCCGAAGUAUUACGUAGAGGAUCACUUAAAAAGCAGAAGAAACAGCAAGAGGAAGUGGAGUACAAGUUACGCAUUACGCCUGGUCCCGAAGAUGACCUUUACCCAAGCAGUCUGAAAAAGAGACCACGAUCAGAGACGCCUCGUCGAACUAUCAAUGUUGAGGGGUCGCCGCCUCCAUCGGCUGCGGCGGUUUGUGCUUUUUGUUGCGAAGAAAUCGAUGGACCCAUAAUCACUGCCCUUGCACCAAACUCAAAUCGUGCCCAGAAAUUUCAUACUUAUCACUUCAUGUGUGCCUACUGUCAAAAGGCUCUUAACCUUCGCGGCACUUACCGCGAACACGAUCGUAAGCCAUACUGCCAUGAAUGCUUUUAUCGUCUAUACAAUGGCCUUAUCUAUGCACCCGAUGAGAAGCAAACCAAAAUCGAAAAGCUCAUAUGA